CUUAUAUCAAGCCCCAAACACAUAUUUCCUUCCCUCCCAAAAAUAUACCAUAUCUCAAAUCCGCCAUGUCCUCAACAGGCGAGCAGGCCCUCGCCGACCAGCACCAAGAUGCGCCGCCCCCGCAGAGCCGCAAGUCAGGCGCCGGCGGUGGUAGUGGAGGUGGGGCAUCGCGGGGCGGAAAAGGUCGCAGCGGCGGCGGCGGCGGGCAGAGCAGGGAAGUGCAGGUCUCGAAGGCGCUGAGUAAGCUGCUGAGACACGAUGCUGUGAAGGCGGGGUUGGAGCUUGAUGAUGAGGGGUUUGCGGGGGUGGGGGAGGUGCUCCAAUGGAACCGCCUCAAGUCCCUCAAAGUAACCUUCGCCGACAUCCUCACCGCCGUCAGCGACAACAGCAAGCAGCGCUUCGCCCUAAAACCCAACCCUCGGCUCGUCCCACUCCCGGAACCCACCUCCACCAUCCCCUCCGACUGGCUCAUCCGCGCCAACCAAGGGCACAGCAUCGCCGUCGACUCCUCUGCGCUGCUGACCCCAAUCACACUGGAAGCGGAUAACGUCCCCCCUGUGGUCGUACACGGGACGUAUUACGCUUUCUACCCCUCCAUUGUGGCCAGCGGGGGAUUGAAAAAGAUGAGCCGCAACCACAUACACUUCUCCACUGGCCUACCGGAGGAUAAGGGCGGGGUGAUAAGCGGGAUGCGGAAUGAUGCGGAGGUGCUUAUUUAUGUGGAUGUGAGAAAGAGUCUUGAGGAAGGGGGGACAAGUUGGUGGGUUAGUGAUAAUGGGGUUGUACUAAGUGAGGGGGAUGGGGAGGGGGUGGUGGGGACGGGGGUGUGGAAGAGGGUUGAGGGGAGGAAAAAGGAGGAGGUAGGGGUUUUGUGGGAAGAGGGAAAAGAGGUGGCGGAGUUGCCGGAGGAGUUUAGGGGUAGGAAGGGGCCGGGGGGGAAGGGGAUGAAUAGGGGGGAGGUGGGUGGUGGGAGGGGGAAGGGAAAGGGAAAGGGGAGGGGGAGGGGAAAGGGGAGGGAAGAGAAAGGAGAAGAGGCUGGUGAGGGGGUUGCGUGUCCGUUAGAACAGGAGGAUACGCCGGAAUGAAUAAAUGGGGCUUAUUCGUGUGUCUAUGAACUCACGAUAAUUCUUAUCGGUGACUUGAUUCCAAGCUUGGACCUAGAGAUAGGAUGCGGGGUUGACUCCGAGUCUUCCCUAUCGAUUACGAUGAAGCUAGUAUUUACCCCUCCAACAUGUGGCUCAAGAGGAAUGUGUGGACGAAUAUCAAAGGCAAAGCAGUAUCAAUAUUUAAUGGGGAAAGUCUACAAAGCUUAGGCAAUUCACAUAGGUCAUCAUCAGAAU